AUAUCAUAUCGUAGAACAAAAUUUACAUACGACCAACAGCAACUGAUGUAGUCGUGAAUCGUGAUGCAGUCAUCUCUUUUCAUUAACCGGUCUUACUCGUAUAUUAAAAUGGUAACAACCUAAUAGACCACAAUAUAGAAUUAAUGGUAACAACAAUAGUACAAUGCGCCGUGCAUGCGAACACCGAAUAUUGAAUAAUAAUAAUAUAAUAUACCGAAAAUUUGAUAGUGUAUAAAUAAAUAUAUUAUAAUUGUUCAUUUUUUUUUUUUAUAUCAAAUGAUGUUGCGUUGAUAAUUGUUAUUAAUUAUUAAUUAUUAUCAUAUUGUGUUUAUUAAUAAGUUGCGCGUUUCAUUAUUCGUUAUUAUUGGUGUAGAUUAGACAUCGCAUUGAGAUGAGAGUUGACAGAGUUCAGUUCACUCGUGUGCACUAAGCACUGUGUUCGGUGUACGUGGUUGAUGAAUGCUAUUUAUAAUAAUUAUCCGUAAAAUAAUAAUAUAAUAUAAAUAUGUAAUUGUUUUUUUUGUUUUUUUUUCUUUCAACGAGGUAUUUUUAAUUAUUUUUAUUUUUUUUUCAUAACUAUUCGUUAUAAAAUGUGACAUUUUCACCGAUGAUACUAUCAAAAUUAUGAAUGAAACGAACGUAGUUAAUGUAGACGUAUUGACAAAACGAUUCGAAUCUUUUCAAAGUUCUAAGAAACCCGGACUGGAUGACAAGAGACGACACGAAAAUAAUGCGAACAAAAGAAUUAUUAAAAGAACUCCCGCGUUCAGGCGGGAUGUAAACAUUUCGAGAAAACUCGUAGUGGAUCAUUCACAGGCCGUGGUGGUAACUAAUAAUGUGAAACAACUUAGUAAUAUUAUUUCAAACACUAGCGAGUGUAAUAAAAUCACACCUAUUGAUUCUCAUAGUUAUAAUAAGACUGACAGUUUAAAUCAAAAAUUAUACCUAGACACAUUUGCAAAAGAUGAUAAAAAUAAACUUUUAACUGACAAAAAAUCUCUCAUAAAUUGUUUGAAAAAAAAAUUAGAAAAUAACAAUACUACUAGCUGUAAACCAAAAGUACUAAAAAAAAAUAUUGAACUUCCACUAAAAGCACAUUUACCAAUUGGUCCGCCUCCUAAAAAGCCACCAAGAACAUUUGCUCAUGAUAAACAAAUAGAUUUAGAUCUUCCUUAUAAUUGUACAAUGGAAUCUCAUACAAUUUCUAAGUCUGAUCCAAAAGCUAUGUUGGAAAAGCUAGAAAAAUUUAUAACUAAAAACUCUCAUACAUAUGGACCAAAAAAUGAAAAUACUACUGGACAAGAUUGUAAUUCAAAUAUAAGUUCUAAGAAAUCUAAUUUAUUCAAUUUGGCAAAGUCUUUAAAUCGUUUGGACAGUGAUAAAGUGUAUAGUAAUUCAUUAAAAAUACAUCAUACAGAUGAACAGAAUUAUUUAACUAGAAAAUCAUAUAAUGAAAAUGAUACAGAGCAUAUAUAUGAUGAACCAAUAUUCCUAAAACCUAAUUCAAGGCUAAACAUUGAUACUGUUAAUAAUUGUAAUACGCUUAUUGGUAAUGAUCGAGUUUGUGAUUCCGAUAAAUCUAAUCUACAUUAUAUGUCCACACCAAUUAAAGAUUAUAAUUCUGAAAUUAAUUUGAAAGAAUCUGAACCAUAUUUUCAAAUCGAUACUACAGAUGAAACUGAUUCAAAAACAAACAAAAAUAUGACUAUGAGUCAUAAAAGAAAAAUUCAAAUGUUAAUGAAUGAAGCUUAUGGUACAUUUGUUAAAAGUCAAGAUGAAAGUGAUUCAGAAUCAAUUUCUAAUUGUGAAGACAGUUCUAGUGGUUCAAUAAAUAAUCUAACGGAUAAGAAUAUUAGUGAACAAACAUUAGAGCGUAAAGGGUAUUUACGUAGAGUAGCUAAACAAGUAGCAACAUCAACAUGUUCAACUAUUGUUCAUGAUAAAAAUCAUCUAUUUCAAGCACUUCUAUUAAUUGGACUAGACUUAAGUUCAACUAAAGAAAAAUUACCUUAUAUAAAACAUAAAUAUCCUGUACAAGCUGAAAUACCAGAACAAUUUGAGAAUUUGUGUUUUCCUGAUGCACAUGUUUGGCCAUUUACUGCAGAUGAUUGUAGAACAUAUUCAUUAACUGUUACUGAUGAAAAUGGUCGUCGUAACUAUGGGUACUGUUAUAGAGUACAGCCUGAAGGAGCUGCCUAUUGUUUACCAUUGGUGUAUUGUAUAUAUUCUUCAAUUAAAGCCAACAGUUUUUACUUUAAGAUAUUACAAGAAAUUGAAUCAAGACAUGGUUUAUCUGAAUUCAAUAUGAAAAUGUUUAUAAAAUUACUAUAUGAUCAGCCAUUUCCAGAACUUGGUUCUACAAUUUAUAUACCUCUUGAACCUGCAAGUUACUGUACUGAGUUUUCUACUAAUGGAGAACUUCAUAUACCAUUUGAUAUUCUACGUGAUCAAGAUGAUCUACUAAAACUUUUACACAUUAUUAAACCAAAUACAUUUAUACAAAUGUUAGCUACAAUGUUAUUAGAAAGAAAAUUGAUACUUCUCAGCAAAUCGAUAAGUUUGCUAUCAAGUAGCAUUGAAGCUCUUACAUCUUCCUUAUAUCCAUUUACUUGGCAACAUACUCUUGUAUCUGUUCUUCCUUCUCAAAUGGUAUCUGUUGCUGAUUUUGUUCAAGCUCCAACACCAUAUAUCAUUGGUUUGUUGAAAACAGAAAAUCAAUCAGAUAUAUUCUCUCAAUUAAGUGAAAACGAUCAAGUUUUCAUUUUUGAUUUGGAUGCUAACAAAGCAUUGCGUAAAGUAAAAGAUGAAUAUAGUGUCCUACCAUCAAGAAUUGCAAAAGGUUUGAAAAAUGUUAUUGGGCUAAAAGUGGAGUUAGAUCAAUCAACUAAGGCAGUUUUAGCAUCAGAGUCUCUUAUACGAUUGUUUGUGGAACUAGUUGGUCAUUAUAAAUCUUUUAUUUUACCAAAUUCAGAAAAUAAAUAUCAUUUUCAGAAACAAUUUUUCAUUGAUGCUGGUAUCAAUACUGCACAUAGAAAUUUUUUGGAAUGGUUCACAGAAACAGCUAUGUUUACUACAUUUCUAAAUAAUAAAAUGCAUAGCAAUAUUGACAAAAAAGACGUGUUUGAGUGCAGAUGUGAUGAAUUUUCUAGCGAGCUCAAUAAAAUUAAACGUAAAUCUAAAACUCUUCAGUCUAUGAAAGCAAUUGGUGAUCGGAUUAAAGAAUGGGCAGUUUCAUGAAACAAUUGAUACUAUUUAAUUAACUGAUUUAUGUCUGAUUUAUAAUGAUAAAAUUUAUUUUAAUAUAAUUAUGUAUAUUAACCAAAGAUCAAGAUUUUCUAAAAAAUGUUAUAUGUAUAAGAAAAAUAAAAAUACUGAAUAGUAUUACUAAAAAUAUUGAUAAUUUUUAUAUUGUUUAUAUUGUAUUAGCAUUCAUUUGUUAAAAAUAUUUCAUUGAUAUUUAUUAAAUUUUAUUUAUGCUCAUAUGAUUAACAUAGUGUAUACUAUAUAAUAUUAAUUCACUAUAUUAUUUUGUGUUCUUUUUAAA